CCUUUUUUACCUGUCUGCGAACUGGGAGAACAGGUGUGAAUUUAAGUUUUUGUGUUCCCUGGCGCGUCACGUCGGAUGACUUCUUGGCAAGACUGCCAAUAGCCUUGGGCAGACCAGAGCCAGAUGCUGACGCGCCAUCUGGAUAUAUAUCAUUGAAAGAUUUUCGCAGGUGAUGGCUUCAAAGCGCUAACCGGCCAUAAUCCCUGCAGCGUAGACAGUCGUUGGUUGGACAGAGAGCAAGUCGCGCUAAUCGCACUGCCACACCUGCCAAUCUUGGCACGAAAAAUAGAUCAUCAUUUUUAGUUAUCCACCCAUCUUUCACUUACCCUGCUACUACUACAAUGACUCUCGGAGAAGGUGUCGAAGUUGAACAUCUGCGUGUCUCGUACAAUGACAUCCACAAUCUGAUUAAAAAGAAUACCCCAACGAUCGCAGCCGAGUUUGACCCGGAUCUUCUUGUCGCUAUUGGUGGGGGAGGUUUCUUCCCGGCCCGGGUCAUGAGGACGUUUCUUCGCGCACAGACCGAACACAAGGCUCUUCAAAUCCAAGCCAUCGGACUAUCUCUCUACGAGCCGAUCGAAGGUCUUUCAUUUCUGCAUCGCCAUGAGCUUUUGACGAGUGCGUCUCCAGGCACGAGCGUGAACCAAAUCGGACACGAGGUCAUCCGCACCCAAUGGCUUGGUGCUGACUCGGGGAAAAUGCUUCUUGGCCGCAAGAUUCUCAUUGUGGACGAAGUGGAUGACACACGCAAGACGUUACACUACGCUCACUCUGAACUGCUGAAGGAUGUCGAAGAAGAACUUGCCAAGCACCCUGAGUCUGAGCAACCAGCACUUCGGGCAGCAACGAAAUUUGCUGUGUUUGUUGUGCAUAAUAAAUUGAAACCAAAACUUGCCGAGCUGCCCGCCGACCUUCAAUACUUCGCAGGUCAAACGGUUGAAGAUGUGUGGCUGGACUAUCCUUGGGAAUCGAUGCACGUGACCUUAAUCGUGCCUUGCCCUCUUGCUGAACUCGUUCGUCUCACCAGGGAUAUCGAAAGUCACGACAGUCUAGCUGCUGCUGACAAACAACAGAAAGUUUAA